AUGAUGGAAUCAACGCGUCUCGCAACUCGGGAGAACACUGCUCCGAGUGAACUACGUGUCGCAGGAAUAUGGCGUCAAAAAUCGACGCGAUUUCUAGCUCCAAAGAACAUCCCGUACGGCAACGACACACCACAAGCGACCGUCGGCAAUCAUUUUGUUAAGGCUCCGCAGUCGCAUGGUUGA